AUGCAAUAUGCUAAUGAUAGUGAUCUUAAAAAUUGUCUUAGAAAGCAUUAUAAAAAUUUAACUUGGGAUAAUAAGAAAAAAUUGGCAUUUCAAAUUGCCGAUUGUUUAAAUUAUUUACAUCAUGAAAAUAUUUUACAUAGAGAUCUUUUAAUUAUUCAUGAUGAUAAUGCUAAAAUUACAGAUUUUUGUAUUUCAAAAAAUAUGAAUGCUCAAAAUACUACUAUUCAUAUCAGAACUUUUGGCAGAAUUCCAUAUGUUGAUCCAAACAAACUUAAAGAUUUAAAUUUUCAAUAUGAGAAAGCUUCAGAUAUUUACAGUUAUGUGGAUAUCGUGAAAAAUGCUAUAGAAGAAACUCCUAAUAAUUAUGAAAAACUUUAUAAAAAAUGUUGGGAUUCCAUAUCUAAGAAUCAACCAAAUGUUGAAGAUAAUUUAACUUAUGAGAAUUCAAAUUCUAAAGAAGCAGAAAUAAAUAAUGAAAACAUCCCAAUUGAAGAAAUACAAACUAAUGAAUUGAAUUGUCUUUUAGAUACAUGUUCUGAUUUAAGUAGUAAGUUAUUAAAUUUCAAAUAG